UAAUUCCAUCUCAUUUAAUCGACCUCCAACUCCACUCGACGACUAUGAAAUUAUUGGUGACAGUCUUGCGUAUUAUAUUAAACACGGUGCUGCAUUAUUCGAUCUCGAUCCACAACCUUAUUUAAAGGAAAUUAUUUUAUUAAAAGAAUUGGCUCAUGAAAUAGAAAAUGCAACAUUCACCAAACCACACGUAUUGAUUUCAUUAGGCGACUUCGAGUUAAAUAAUUCUUCAAUAGACAUGAAGUACGUUCAUACCUAUGUAGACAGAAUUAUGCGAUUAUUGGUCAAUAAACAAUUUAAGGACAUACUCGUUAUAUUUCCUCCAGUUCGUCCCAAAGCUGACGAUACUGCAACAACUUCGCACAGGCGUUGGCUUGAUUUUCUCCACGUUUUCAAGGAUGUUUGUCCAGCACGGAACGUUCGUUACUCAUUAUAUCCAGCAAUAUUUUUUGCAGAAGAAGUAAAACUUGAAAAUCUAGGAAGAAAAUGUUUAGUUGCUACUGAUGCUAACGAUAACGUAAUUCCAGAUAAGAAAUUAUUUUACCUAGACGAAGAUCAGAAAAUUUAUAGAUUGAGAAUCCAAAAUCGAAAUACCAUUCUCAAGUUUAUCAAUGAUUUGUGCGAACCAACUGAACGAUUGAUGGAUACACGUGACCCUGUUACGAUUCAAGAUAUCUCAACUAGUGAAGAUGAAGGCGCUCAAUUUGCGGCUCGACCAGAUGGGUCGCUGGAACAUUUGACAACCAAUUCAUUACGAUUGAUUGAACAAAUAUUAGGCUCUCCAAAUCAAGAAGUAGCUUUAGAUGUAAUGCAAACCUUGAACACUAGUACUGGUGCGGGUGAAUCUCUGGACGAUACACUGAAUACAUCUGAUGACUUUAGUCUUGCUAUUCAUGAUACGAUUCCACCUGAGUCAACGCAUAACGACGAUCCCGAUAAAACUCCUACAGAAUUACGUAAUUUUCCAACUUUUUCCGUAGGUAUGGUUAAUCGCAUUUCAGUAAACGAAGAAAACACUGAUUCAUUCAAUCCUUCUAGCUUCAACAAAACUCCAAUGAAAGUUUCUGAAAUGAACAAUAAUUUAAGAUCGCAGUUACUUCACGUUAGAGACGAAAUAAUUACUUGCGUAAUACCACUACGAUUAGGAAAUACUAAUUACCCAGCUCAACUCGAUUCUGGGGCAGUUCCAAACAUCAUGUCCGAAGAAACAGCUUUACAUUUGAUCAAAAAUCAUUCUGAUGAUUUAGAUUUUAUUGCACUCGACGAACCGGCCGUAUGUGUGCUUGCUGAUUCAAAGGAAGCUGAAACUGCGAAAUAUAUUAUUGUUCCUACGUUAUAUUUCGGCUCUCAUGCUCUUAAAAUACCUUUUUAUGUACUCAAAGGCUGCAAUCAUAUUUUUCUCAUCGGUACUCAGUCUAUGGAAUACUUAGGAAUUGAGCCUCGUAUCAGACAACGUAAAGCUUUGUGUCGACCAUCUGCCAAAGUCCAUACUGAGGUUAUUAAUUUUAUGUCGCCGUCAGAAUACGAGGGUAAGCUAUUUGUUUCCGGAGCUAGAAUGAAAGAAGAAUAUAGGUUGGUAAUGAACGAUAUUUUACGAAGAACUAAUACUGAAGAUAAUUAUCAUCGCCUACCUUACGGUAUCAUCGACGAUGGACCAGAAAUCUUUCUUGCCAAAUUGGAGUCCGACUUACAAGACGCUGUCGAUGAUAAUCGAAUCAAUACCGAGCAAGCUAGGAAAGCUUUCAACAAAUUGAGCCAAUUUCACGAUGUAUUCUCCAAAUUCCCGGGAAAAUAUGUCGGUGAGAAGAUUCCAUUGAAGUUCAUCAUUCCUGAAACAGAAAUAAAAUAUAAAGGAGCUAAGUACAAUCCAUCGAAAAAGUUAAUGAAUGAUUUACGUAAAGAAUUACAAGUAAUGAUGGCCACGAAUGUCAUCGAACCAUCAGACUCCACGUUCAUUAACCCCAUCGUAGUUAACGUUAAGAAAAGCGGUGAGAUACGAGUGUGCUUAAAUCCUGUCGAUUUAAACCCCAUUUUAGCCAUUAAUUACAAUGAAGCGGGAUUAUUGGAUAGAAUCAUUACUGAAGAUGCCGAAUCCAAACUAUUCAGCACUCUCGAUUUUGUCUCAGGAUUUUGGCAACUUGUAUUGGAUGAGAAUUCUCGCCAAUAUUGUGCUUUUCAGGUUGAUGGACGCGUGUAUCAAUUUAUUCGUUUGCCCUAUGGCUUGAAAGUAUCUUCGGCUCUCUUUGUAAAAAUGGUUAAUGCCAUAAUACCUGAUAAAGCGGGAAUUACUAAAUAUGUCGAUGAUAUUUUACUCAGAUCUGCGACUUUUGAAAAUAUGUUGGAAUUAUUGGUCGAAGUACUUACGAUAUUACGGUUAAAUAAUCUACGCCUAAAUGCAAAAAAGACAACUUUCUUCAAAGGAAAAACUGAACAUCUUGGUUUCGAUUUAAGUCAUGCUAAAAUUUCGAAACAAUCGUGCAAAAUAGAUAAAUUUAACGAUUAUAUUACGAAGCACACGAAGAAAGGUAAAUUUAUUCUUAAAGACAAAAUUCAAAUACUCGAAUUUAUAGGUCUUACUGGCCUAUAUCGUAGAUUUAUUCCUACAUACCAGCAGAUAAUAGCGCCAUUAUAUGAACUAACGUGCGACAACGUACCAUUUGAAUGGGGACCUCGUCAAGAUGCUGCUGUUGAAGAAUUGAAGAAAGAAUAUACCAAAGAUUUUGAUUUAGUUCCACCGAGAGACGAUAUUGAUCUCUAUUUAGAUACGUAUACUUCAAGUGAUGCGAUGAACGCAGUAUUAUAUCAGAAUUAUCAGAAUAACGAUGAAAUAAUAAUGUUUACGAGUCAUAGUUUCAAAAGUCAUCAAAAGAAAUAUACAUUGAUUGAAAAAGAAAUGUAUACCCUUGCUAAAAGUAUCAAAAAGUUACAGCUAUGGCUCCAUGGCCGGACAAUUCAUGUCCGAAGCGACUUAUUAUCCAUCGUACAUAAAUUUGAAACCAUAGCAGAAGUCCACCGUAAAGCCGCCGGAUGGAUCACUUUAUUCAAUUGCUACAACUUAAUUUACGAUUUACGAAAGAGACAUAAGAAGUGGUUCGGAAUGCAAGCUCCCGAACUCACUAUCAACAGUGCCAAUUGUUCAAAUUUUAUCCUCGAUGAGUAUGAUAUUUCUACACGUAUCAGAGCUCAGCUCUUGAAGUAUUUAUCACGACUUAGUCAUUUCCAAAAGCGAGACUCAAAAUGUUUAAAUAUUAUUCGACGUUUAAAAACCCCUGACGAAGAAUUAAACUCCAGGGAAUUAUCGAUUAAAAACAACCUCGCUAAACGAUAUUCCAUCGAUGUUACCAACGAUGAAGAAUUAUUAAUGUUCAAUUAUCCCGAUGAGAGUAGAGUACCAGUUUUACCAGACGAAAUAUUUAAAGAUAUUAUUAUAUUUUUACACGAAACUUACGGUCAUAUCGGUGCUAAUAAGCUUGAACUUAUUUUCCGUCGAAUGUAUUACUCAUCGAAUGCUAAAUACUUUAUUCGUCACAUAACCAGCGAAUGUUUAAACUGUAAAGCAAAUAAAACUUAUUCAGAACGUAAGCCAUUAGAAUUUGGAUAUACGCAAGCUCACUCACUUGGAGAUGUAAUUUCCGUUGAUAUUCUUGGUCCGAUUGCAAACUAUUCUAAUCAGCCGCGUUAUUUACUGGUAUCGAAGGACGUUUUAUCAGGACGAGUUUGGUUAUCACCACUGAAGAAUAUCGUUCAAGAAACCGUAGCUAUUGCCAUGGAAUCUGUAAUCAAACAAAUUACAUCAGAUCAACGUAAAAUUCGUAAAAUUAUCACAGAUAAUGCAACUCAGUUUACUAAUUCUAUAUGGCGAAAAUUGCUGAAGAAAUAUAAAAUUAAAAUUGGACACUCCACGGCCUACAACCCCCAAUCCAAUUUAGUCGAACGUACUAUGCGUAUAAUUGGUGACCGGUUACGAAUUAAGAUGAAUAGUACUGCUGAUGGAGCUUACUCGCAUCAUGGUUGGUCUACUUACAUCGAGGAUAUCGAAGAGGAAAUAAAUAAUACUCCUAACGACGUUAACGUUCCUCCUAACGAAAUCUGGAGCAUUUCUGAGUUCGAUACUGAUUUUCCUUCUGAAAGAGUUAAAUUUGAUGCUAAAUAUCAUUUACGUAAAUUCCGAGAAAAAAGAAAACAAGAUGAAUUACCUUCAAUUACUAGUGAAGAGCUCUUAAAUUCCAAGCUCGAUUUACUGAACAACGUUUAUAUUUCCAGCGAAGAUGUUGUAUGGGUUUCAGUUGAUGGAGCCUGUGCAAAUAACGGUUCAGAUAAUGCCAUCGCUGGCAUUGGCAUCUGCUGGCAUCCUGAAGGCAAACAAAACAUCUCAGAAAGAAUCAAACUCGAAAAUUAUACGCCAACGAACAAUUUAGCAGAGGCUGUUGCGCUACUUACCGCGAUGAAAAUAGCCAUUCAUAAUAAAAUUCUUCGAUUACGAGUUAUUUCUGAUUCUUUGUAUUUGACAUCUGCCGUCAAUAAUACUUUUUCAAAAUGGAGCGAAAAUGAUUGGAAGAACUCUGCAAAGAAGCCAGUUCAUCAUCAGGAAUUGUUCAAAGAGAUUAUUAAUUUGAAAUCGCAAUUUGAAUUAUUUGAACUUACCCAUGUAUAUGCUCGUGAAACGGACUUUGGGAAUUUUACCGCUGAUAGAUUAGCUCGUAAAGCUGUCUAUACCGUGGAUCAUGAUUUAGCGUUGAUUGAUUCGCUGACUGAACACCAGGCUCUUAUUCGAUACAUCAAAGAGAAACGCGAAGAUAUUUUCCAAUCUAAAGAACAGAAACAUAAUAAGCGUUAUGGAGAUCCUAGGAUUUAUCAGCCUGGAGAACUUGUUAUGAUUACUAAUCACAAGCAGUCUUCGGCUGAUAAAGGAACUACGUAUAAAUUAUAUCCUAAGCGUUUUGGGCCAUAUGUUAUUAAAUCUCACACUGGGGCAAAUUGCUAUGAAGUAUGCAAUAUUGCAGACAAAAGUGAUAAGCGAUUAAUAAACGUUAGACAAAUUACAACUUACCUGAAUUUACGUCAUUUAAAGCUGCUAGCAGAAGAACCUAAGCUUCGUUCUAAAUGGGAUAAUCGAUCCUUGCAGAAACGAAUGAAACAAUUUGCUGAGCAUCGUGAUUUGCUAGAGAAAUUUAUACAAGAACUUGAAUCACAAAAACAAAAGAAAACCACAUCAAAAGUCGAUGAUACGACUGAGGAUGAGAAAUUGAUUCAAUUUAACCGAUUUCGUCGAAAAUUUAGAAAGAAGGUAGAUGAUUAUAAAUCUCAGCAAUUUAAUGCUGUAUUAUCAAAAGUUAUUCCAGAUGAAAAAUCUCGCGAAGAUCUUAAACAACAGGCUAAUCAACGAUAUAAUAUGCGCAGGCGUAUGGAGAUAAAUUACGACGAAGGAACUGACAUACCCGAAGAUGAACCUCGAAGGGAGAGGAAAAGGUUCAAACACGUUAAUUCUAUUAUACUCAGUUUGCUUAACCAUGAUCAACGAAUUGCGUUGGUGCAUUCGUUAUCAGAACUCCCCGAUUGGUCGACAGCUUCCUAAAUCUCCCUCGAUCCCACCUGUUGAAUAUUUUCUACCUACCUUGAAAAAGUAACUUCAAUUUUUGUUCAUUCAAUAUUAAUUCUUCUUCAAACGAUCAUCUCUAACUCGCAAAUACCUCUUUACAAAUAUAUUACCUAUUUGUUCGUUUUAUUUAUUCUCGAUUAAUCCCAUUUUAGCAGCAUUGUAAAUAUUAUUUCAAAUAAGAAGAUUUUAUUAUUUCAGGAAGAGCUUAUUAAUUCUAUUAAAUAUGUAUGCUUUGGACAAUAGCUACCCUCUACGUUAUGUAAAUAAAGCAGAAAACAUCGUGAGAAUUCGAAGAUUUGAUGGAGUAUAUCAAGACGUAUUUUUACCUAUUACUUGGGAAAACCUUGAAGAUAAAUUGGUCAACGAAGGAUGUGACUAUGGACCAAUUAUGCCUCUAGAAUAUCAAGAACAUUUUAUUUACGCUCAACAACAUUUUUUCAUAAGCCGUUAUAUUUCUCUCUCACGUUACGAUGGUAUGCACAUUAUGAGUGCUUUUCUGAACGGUUGGUGGCUGAUUGGCGAUGGCAUUUCACACGCUAUCGUACGUCAAGUGGUAAAAGAAGAAAAAAGGGUUUUGAAACUAUGGGAUACCUCAAAAGUUUCAGGUACAAAUAUCUCUGCAAAGAGAUUAUGCCACAACAUCCAGCAUCAUAAAAUUAAAGUACCUAAACGAAUUAUUCUUUCUAUUGGUAGUCACGACAUCUUAAAGGAGUCAUUUACCAAAUGUUGUUACAACACUAAAGAAUUGAUUGCUUUUCUGCUGGACCAGGGUGUCGAAGACAUAUUGAUUCUUCCCAAUAUUAAUUCCAGAAUCCUUCCAGAUCAAUCAUUGCGUGGUAAAUUCCGAAAUUGGCUCAAAGGAGAUCUAAUUAAAAUUAACCCACAAGUACUUAAGUAUGCUCACGCUCUCGAAGAAAUUAUCGAUCGAGCAGACCCUUUCUUUAAAGAUGGAGCUGGAAAUUACUACGCAAACCCUUUAAUUUAUGCAGAACUUGCGUACAGAAUUGUAAAAUUCACACAGUCCCUGGAAGCUUCUAACCAACUUUAAUCAUUUCUACCGAUAUUUACGUAAUUAUCUAUUGUCCAACACUUGUACAUACUGUAUUAAUUUUAAGAGAAGAAGUUUGAUUUUAUUUUUUCUACUUUGUGUUAUAAUUACGUCUCUACUUAUUAUAUAAAUAAAAAAAAAAAAAACUACCUAUUAACGUGUACGAAUUAUUCCAUUUUUUCUCCUCUCAACCUUGAACAAAAAUUUACCAGAUUGAUUUCUGUCGCAUAAGAAGUUAUAUUUAGCGAUGGAAAGUGAUAGCCGUACGAGACGACAGGAGGGGAGGGGAAUAAGAUAAGGAACCGUCGCCUAAAAAUUAUACAAAAGGCAGAUUCCUUAUCGCAUUUAUUGCUUCUACGAACUGAACCUAUACCAUCGAUGCUGACAUACGAUUAUUCAACGUUUAGCUUUCAAUGCGAAUGUCUCUCUCGAAUUGUGUGUGCUUUUAUUUGCGUCGCCAUCUUUUUCGGUAAAUAUUAUUUGAUUUUUUCUACACCAUACUAGCCUAAAGGCAUUUCAUGAACUUCUUUUCUUAAUUGCAGUGGUGUUUUUGUGCGACUAAUGCGGUAUUAUAUUUCGAUUGGAUUAAUUUAGAUUGAUGCAAAUUAUCCUGCUGUAAGUACCACGUUGUUAUUAUUUACCAUAUUUGAUUGGAAGCUACUAUUGCGAUACUCUUUCUAUCCAUAAUAUCUACGACCAUUUUAUAUAGCCUAUUUGAUUGAUUCGUGAAUAUCUUUCAGUUUUGGAUAUUAAUUCAGUGACUUUGGUCAGAUUGUGUCGCAGUGGAUUCAUUCUUAUAAUAAGCGAAUCUUGAUUUAAUUAUAAGUUGGAAGCUGAAUAAGGUAAGCAAGCACACGAUAUACUUAUUUGUUCUACUCGAGACAAGGUUUUAAUCCGAAAAACUUAUUCACUAGCAUUGAUUCCGAUCGGUGUGUGUUUUCUACGGCUAUAUCUAUCUAUGCGUGAAAAUUGAAUUUAAAAGGUAAGAAAUCAGCUAGGAUAUUUAUUCCAUAAUAGGCAAGACUAAAUACUCCAGUCGUAUAGAUAUUUGUUGAUUAAUUGCGUGCAAUUCGUUCAUUAAUUUCAACAUUUAUUCAUUGAUUAAUCAGAAGUCAACGUGGUAUUUUGGCAACAGCCCAGCUGUGUGAUUUUAUUGGCGAUUUACGAUAUCAGCGAAGAAUAUUCAACGUUGUUGACGAUUAUUGGUUCGAUUAAUUCGGCGAAUUGUUGAUACGGUUUCUUCAACUUGAAUUCAACACGACCAGGCUAACCGGGAAUUAUUUCGAUACUGUUUAGAUCUGACUCUGACGACGCGGAUUUCUUUGCCAGGUACCUAUUACUC